ACUUUGUAACCUCAAAUUUCAGCUCCUCUUUCAGCAUGAUAAGAAGUCUGUGUUAUUUUAGUGAUGUUUAAGUGUGAUAUUCCUCCAGAAUUGAUGUGAAUAUUUCGUUAAUAUUUAUUUUAUCACUCGGCUAGGACUCCGGCCAAUGUUUUUAACUCAGAACUGGAUAUUUGACGGACUGGGCUCGGGAGAAAAUCGCUCUUAGGGAUGUGAUAAGAAGCAUGUGUACAAAGUUGUGAUCGGCCACUUUACGUCCUCCAAAAUACUCCUUAGCUCCCAGAAAACUUCGGGAAUGAGGCUGAUCUUUUCGCCGGGGAAGCCGGAUUGUGACAGCAUUAUUGUCUGAUUCAAAGUUUGUCCGAGAUUGUUACAGAAGCGAAGAGGAAUCAUGGGUGAACUACAAGUUUACUUGAGCGUUGUUUUCAUAAUGUAUUGCAUCGCCUACUUUUUUGACUCCUUCUUCAAGAGCUGCUGUCAUUACCCGUACAUAGUUCUCAUGAAGAAAUCUGGCAUCACGAUCGGUUUGAUGAACAUUCAAUGGUUUACAACAGCUUUUAACCGUCUUAUCCAGAAGUGGGGGACAGUUCGACCAAAAUGUCUAGCGACGUGGUACUGUAUCGGCUCGGUUGUUUCGAUCGCCCUCAUGCCUGUCGCUACAAUUCUGAUCAUAGUUCGUAUUGGCUACUCAAUCAAAGAUUUCUUUCAGGAAGAUUCGAAUGGGGAGAAAUCACACUUUGCUGGAAUCACUUUUGAACCAGUGAUUCCUGGUUUAAAUCUGCCUGCUCAAGAUAUAUUUCAUUACAUAUUCUCCUUGCUGACGUGCACAAUAGUUCAUGAACUUGGUCACGCUGUUGCUGCUGCCAGGGAAGGACUCCAUAUAUCUGGUUUUGGCGUGCAGCUACUCUUCAUAAUUCCAUUCGCUUACACGCUCCUGGAUCAAGUUGACAAUCUUCCCCCCUCAAAGCAGCUGCGGGUAUUAUGUGCUGGAAUUUGGCACAACUUAAUUCUCGCUGUGUUUGCUGCUUUUGUCGUCUUUGCAAUGCCCUUCAUUUUUGCACCGGUCUACUCAAUCGGUCAAUCAGUGCAUGUUGAACAAAUUCUGAAGGACUCUUUGUUGAUCGGGCCAUCUGGCUUAGAAGUUGGGGACGAGAUUACAAAAGUAAAUUAUUGCCCUGUCCAAGACAUGAAUUCAUGGAGAGAUUGUCUCGUGCAGUCGACUGAGUCUCUGUCUCCUGGUUAUUGUGUCUCCUCAGAAUUCAUUCAUCAGCAUGAUGAAUCUUUCGAAGUGAAACACCUGAAUGAUGGUACUAUUGACUGCUGCCGUUCUAACAUGUCCCGAAAUCUUUGCUUUGAAUACCUAGAGAGUGAAUUUGAGCCAAUUGAACUUCCUCAGUACUCAUGCCUCAAUGUGCGUAACGUUGUGGAGAAUUUUGAGAAACCUUGCCAGACAUCACAAGAGUGUGAAGGGCUCCACUGUUUCCGUCCAAUGCUUACAAGCCCAAUGAAAUUGAUACAAAUUCGUCGUCAGAACAAACCUGUCAUUCUGUUUCGUGGGCACGCUAGUGAAAUAUUCCGCUCAGUCGGAGUCUCCGAAUAUGUUCCUAGGUACUUUAUGUUUCCUUCGUGGCUUCCAGCCACUAUCAGCAAAUUUUUCUCCUAUCUGCAUGUGUUUUCUGCUGGCAUUGCUGUGGUGAAUGUUAUACCCUGUUUUUAUUUUGAUGGGUUUCACAUAACGCGAGUACUUGUACAUAUGAUUUGGCAAAGAUCCUUGCCAAGCAGUGUCAGGUUAGCAGUAACCACAUGCAUUACCAUAUUAGGGUCAUUUAUCCUAAUUAUUUACUUGAUCUUAAAUCUAGCUCUUCUUAUUACCAGGUGAACCUCCAGGAGGUGACUGUUCAAUCGUUAGUUUAUCUUUUUUGCAUUUUGCGCAUUGCUUCCAGCUGCUGCACCAGUUUACUUAUUUAGGAAAAGGGAUGACUAAUAGAUGUUCUGAAAAUUGGCUGUGAAACAAAAUGUUAUGAUAUCUUUCCAUCAAGAAAUUUUAUUUUAACUUUGAAGUAUGCAUGCCGGAAGGUCUGCACAAUUGAAUACAUUCGCAGAAAGUUAAGCUGAAAGCCAGCGUAUAAAGUGAGAUAGUUCAUUUGAGCUGCAAAAAUCCCUGCUUAUACUUUUCAUGAAUUUGAUCUCGAAUCAGGAAAGGGUAUCUUUGGUCUUUUUUGGAAUUUAUUAGACGAAAACUUUAUCCUAAGUUGAGUUCAGUAUAAUGGUAUACUUUGUCAAAUUUUACAUUUUUCUUGUCGUUUGACGAAUCGAAGCAAUUUUUACUGUUUAACAGAAAUGCAUUUGCAUUAAUGGAGAAUGCAUUUUUAGCCAAUCAAAAUUUCAUUCAAGGAUUUUCCAGAAUUUUUUGGCCCAUUAUUCGUGAAACUUCUUUUUUAGAUAUUAAGCUGCAUAAACUUAAGAACUUAUAAAAGAAUACAUGUUUUAUUGUCUCUUGAUCAAGGAGGUUUAAUGUACUUUUUUAUUUUGUUCUAUUUAAAUCAGACUUAUUGCGAAUUGUGCCAUUUCUCUGAGCAGAUAUUCUCAGCCAGUGGUACAAAAGGAAAUGCUUAGCUACUGUAAGCAUAUUCAUUUUGAAUAACUGAUAAAAAUGAGUCAUGUUUAUUGGGAAAAUUGGGACACUAGUCGUUUUGUCAAAAAUUGUCUUGGAGUUUUUUCCUGAUCAAAGAUAUUAAGUAAAACUUUACUCCUCAUUCACAUCAAGGCAUCAUUGAAAACUUCUGAAUAAAUAUCUGGGGAUGUUUCUGGUUUGUGACCCUAAUAUGGUAGCAGCUCCUGUCAUUUGCAGGAUUGUUUUACCAUGCUAAAACAUUUUCAAGAAAGAGACAACUUUAGAAAAUUUUCACUUUGUGAUGUUACAUCAUAUAUCAUUCUUAUUGCGAUGGGAAUUAAUUAUUUUCCUGUUUUCCCUUUAAAAGUCUCUUUUCUUUAGAGAGAGAGGAACUAAUGUAGACUUAAUUUUGGCCAAGCAAUGACAAGGCAGUUGUCACUGCUACACAAUGCUUGGCUCAUAGGUUUUACCUUUUUUUAAAUUGUCUAUUUUCUUUUGAUUUUUAAUUUUUUAGUGUAUUUUUUGAAGAAAACAAUUGUAAUUAAGAUUACAUUUUUUAGUUAUUUUUAUUAUCUGAUGAACAGUGAUCAAAUAACACGCACUGAUCAAUCCAAGACUUUGAUGCUUCAGACAUCAUUUAUUCAUUUCCUUUUAUAUUUUUUUAUUUUAGGAUGCCAAAAUUGUUCCGAUUAAAGUCAGCCUUUCAAGACCCUCAUUUUUUAGGUUCCGCAAUUAGCACACGUAGAAUCCUUAAGAAGGAACAUAUUUCUUUUACUCCUGCUAAAACUGUCAGAGUUCUGUAACAAUUUUUGCCAAUAACAAGGGAGGUUUGCUUUUAAUAUGAUUUGUGAUAUAACUCCGUUUUAAGUAGGAAUAAUUUUCUUAAUUUGAUUAAGUUUUGUAAAAACUGUUGCAAAGUGACUAAGCCAUUCUUUUAGUAGAUUAUGCUGUUCAAUAUAGUGAUAUUAUGGGUCUAGGACAGGAACAAAUUUUAUUGAUUCAUGUGAAAGUAUUGCUUGAGCUGAGUUAAAACAUUCUUCUCAAUUUUUUAAUGAUAUGGAAUGCGCUUGAAGUUAAAAAAAGGGCCAAUUCGUGAAGUCACUAGUACGUAUUUCCCAUUUAAACCUGUGUUUUUCAACACUUCUACAAAAUUGUCUUAAUUAUUUCAAAAUUUGUGUGAUUUUAAAACUAUGGAUAUUUUCAUUCUCUACUUGAUAGGUAGUUUUAAUAUUGAAACAAAAAGUGUCAAAAUUUUGACUCCUGUCACUGACCUAUUAUUAGCUGCAGAAGUCGCAGCGCAACCCGUGAAGAUUAAAACCCUAAUUUGGUUGUAUUUUCCUAAAUUUGUAUUGUUUCUUGCCCUGAUUGUAAAAAUUAACUGUUAAUAGUGCUCGUAGAUAAAAGUAUUAACUGUUAAGUAGAUUAAUGUUCAUACCAAUAAUUUCUAGUCAUGUUCUCCAUAAAUAUUAAGAUACUUGUCAUGCAUUAACUCUGUCCUCUAGUUAUCUUCUAAUGACGUUGAAACAGUAAUACAGUCUUAAUUACUUUCUUACUA